ACUAGGGAACUAAAAUUUAACAAUUAGUUAAAUUAAGUGCUUAGAGAUUAUUAGACAUACGAGUAAGGUUCUCAAUGUCGUCAUUAAAAUAGUCAGUUGAUAUGACUCGAAGUUUUGGAAUGCAAACAAAACACAUGUAACAAUAAUAUGUUUCCUCCUCAAAACCAUCAAACCGACUACAAGAGUAAUCACUGGUUUGAUUCUUCGAGAUGUUAAAGACUUAUUCUAAAUAUCCUCUCUACAUCACUUAUGGUGUGUUGCUUUCUUAAUGUCACUACUAUUGCUGCAUAAGGAUGAGGAUGAUCUUGUCAAGAAACAAGAAAUCUAUCUAGCAAUUCAAGACAUGAUUCAUGAACUGGGUCUAGAUACGAUUUGGGAUGUUAAAGCUCUAGUGAAUGGAAGUGAUAUCAUUAAAGCUCUAAGCCAUGAGAACAGAGGAAGACCCAUCAUCCGGUGAAUGACAGCUGGUUUAUCCUAAAGGAAUGCCUCUCAGACAAAGCCAAAAGUCACAUUGGAAACAUGGCAAAAAUAUUUGACUAAAAUUUGACAAUUUAAUUGAAUGUAAUCAUUUUAAGAAACAUAACAACCAAGCACAUAUAAUCAGACACAUAUUUUUCUUAUCUAUAAAAAGACAAAGUAAAUUAAUGUAAUUAUCCUAAGAAAAAAAAAUUUACAAAUGGUAACAACAAAACAAUUUGAUUAUAUAAAGAAAUUAAGAAUAUCAAGAUAUGGAAAUAAAAAGAUGCCAAAAAUGAUUUAAAAAUAAAUAACUUAAUUUUCGAAAUUGUUAUUAUUAUAAGAUAAAAAUUUAGACCAAAAAGUGAAAAUAUAUCUUCCAGUUUUUGUAAGUAUAAUUAGAACAAACAUAUAUAAAGUGUAAAAUAGAUUAGAAGACAUUUAAUAAAAUUCUUCCUACGAAGUCCUCUUUUAGUAUAUAAUGGAUAAUUAUCAAAUCUUCUAUUUUACAUACAAGUAAAAAUAGAAAAUGCUAGACUCAUUGAAAAGUACAUCAUUAAGAUAUACUCUGACAUUUUAAUAUACUUAGAAAAGUGAUUAGUAAUAAAUAAUAUAUACUAAUAAAUAUAUUAUUUGGAUUUCACAAUUAUUAGAUACAAUAGGAUAUUAUUUCUUAAUUAAUAGAUACAUUAGCAUAUUUAUUUUAAGCAAAUACUAUAUAAAUUGAAGAAGCUCGUGAUAAAAUGUUUUGUCAAAAAAAAAAUCCAGUUCAGAGUAAAGCUCUAAAUAAAAACGACUUUGUCAAAAAAAAAUUGAUCAUCGGCAACUAUUGCCGUGUUGAUAUAAUAAUCUACAUUGAGGUACCAUGACUCUUGGAUUGAUCAUUCUUAAUUUAAUUUUAUAGUUAAACUGUCGUUAAAUUUUUAAUAUGUAAAAUCAUUAAAUUGAAGAUUUUGACAGAGAAAUGGUACAACGACAAAUUUGAAGAAUCUAAAUAAGAGUUUGAGGAACAAGAAUCUAUGUGUUAAAGAUUUUGACAGAAAAUUGGUAGAACCAGAGAAAAAUUCAUGUCACACUCACAUGUAGUUGACUUACUUGCUAUGAGUUUCUCAGAUAAAGUUGAUUAUUUUCUCGCUCCUGAAAUUUUGAUCGUUUGAUUUCACGGUUUCUUGUGUGUCUGGAUCAGUCUUUUUAUUGGUUUUAAGUUUGAUGGUGUUUUGAGUUAGGACUAGUAUUGAGUUGAAAACAUAUGCAGGUUUUUGGAAUUUUUUUCACUAAGGGCUUUGAUGGGAUCGAACUGCUGCAAAUGUCGCAGAGGAGCCACGGAAGGAUCAGAAAUAACGUUAGAGGACCUCGAGGACCAAGCUGCAGACCUGAGAGAGCUGACAAGAGAUGAAAACCUGAGAGAGACGGGAACAGAAGAUACAGUAAAUGGUGAUGUACCAUCAGACUCAGAAUCAGAAUCUCCAAUCCCAACUCCAAGGCCGUCAGAAGUUUUAAAAACUCCCAGUUUAGCUUCUGUUGGAUUACAUUGUAGUAAUGAAGAAUUGCCAAGAAAUGGUGUUAUACAUGAGAUGUCAUGUUAUGGAGCAUCAAACAUUCUUUGGAGUACUGGCUCGUUUUCUGAACCCAUCCCAAAUGGUUUUUACUCUGUGAUCCUGGAUGAUAGAUUGAACCAUUUUAAAAGCAUUCCUACACUGGAGGAACUUCGUGCUCUAGGUGAUGAAGGUCUAAAAGCUGAUGUGAUUGUUGUAGACUUGGACAAAGAUAACAAGAUUAAAUGGCUAAAGAAGUUGGCCAUUGUUCUAGAACGCUCGAAUCCAGCCAAAGCUGUUAAGAUCAUUGGUGAUCUGGUGGUAGAUUUUUAUAAACUUGCAGCUUCAAGGAGUACUUCAAAAACUAGACAAUCACUUGGAAGUUAUGGUUUUCCACUACUAGGACAGAUCAGUAAUGGCUCUUGCCAUGCUCGAGCCAUCUUGUUUAAAGUUCUAGCUGAUGCUGUUAACCUUAAAAGCAAACUUGUAAAGGGUUGUCCUAGUGAUCUGAACUCUUCUGCUACUGUCGACUCACAUAACCAUAUGUCUGUUGUGGUUAUGAUCAAUUCUGUGGAAACACUGGCUCCUAUUUCAGUUGCUGGGAAAUGCUCUUGUCAUUCACCAUUGAAGCCACAGAGCCAAAUAGAGCGUGGAAGGUCAGUGGGAGAUGUAAAUGAAUCAUUGAUACAGACUCUCUUCUCUAAAGAGCAAGGUGAUAAUGACAGCACUGAGAGCAAUGAUAUCCACAUCUGGAAGGAAGUACUAGCAUCUCCAAUGUUCCAGAACAAACCUUUGUUACCAAAUGAAGAAUGCAUCAUAGAUUUCUCCACUUUGAUACUUAGGAAGACUCGUGUUGGAUUUGGCUGUUCCGCAGAAGUCUUCCGUGGCACAUGGAAUGAAACAGAAGUUGCGGUCAAGAUCUUUAAGGACCAAGCAGUCACAGUUGAGAACAUCAAAGACUUCUGCAAUGAGAUAUUCAUUCUUAGCCGUAUUCAACAUCCCAAUGUUAUUAUGUUUCAUGGAGCAUGCGUAAAGCCUCGUCAGUUAGCACUGGUCACAGAGUAUGUGGAAAAAGGUUCCUUGUAUCAUUUGCUUCAUAAGACUGAUGUAAUCAAGAACUUAAGCUGGCGUAAGAAGAUAAAUAUAUUGCAUGACAUUUGCAGGGGCUUAAUGUGCAUCCAUGGGAUGGGGAUAGUCCACAGAGAUCUAAAGAGUGGAAACUGCCUGUUAUGCAAUAAUGGGACAGUCAAGAUAUGUGACUUUGGUCUCUCAGUAAUGAUGGAAGGAACAACAACACUCAAUGACAUUGUACCUGCAGGAACACCAGAAUGGGUUGCUCCUGAAACUACCCGCAAUGAGCCCUUGUCCAAAAAAUGUGAUAUCUAUAGCUUUGGUGUGAUCAUGUGGGAGCUAUGCACUCUAACCAAGCCAUGGGAAGGAGUACCACAAGCAAAAGUGCUUAACAUCGUUGCAAAGGGAGCCCGGCUAGAUAUACCUGAAGGACCAUUAGCUAAGCUUAUUGAAGCUUGUUGGUCUGAAGUACCAGAACAAAGACCACGCUGUGAAGAGAUACUGACCUAUCUAGCAACCUGCGAGAAGUCUCUUCCCUGAACCUGUGUUAUCUUCUUUUUCUUUGUCUGAAUAAAAUGUCUUGUGUAAUAUUUGCUUCUGUGUUCUUUGAAUUUAAAAAAAUGGAUUUUACCAUUUCUGAAUUAUUCAUCAUUGCAAUAUUUGUUUCUGUCUAAAUAAAAUAUCUUGUAAUAUUUGUUUCUGUCUAAAUAAAAUAUCUUGUAAUA